AUGACCAAUGGUAAAGGCGUUAUCGUACCAAAACUGGAAAAUCAAUGGAAUGAUAAUGAUAAGAAGUUGUGGUCUCAUGAUUGGAAAGCACAAAAUAUUCUCAUAUCCGCAUUAGGUGUUUAUGAUUAUUAUUGUGUCUCUCAUUGUGAAACCAUCAAAGCUAUGUGGAACGCAUUAGAAGUUGCCCAUGAGGGAACUAAUAAAGUCAGACAAGCUAGGAUCAAUACUUUGAGCCAUGAGUUUAAACUCUUUCCUAUGAAGCAUGGUGAAACCAUUGCCGACAUGAAAAAGAGAUUCAUACAUCUUAUUAAUAGGUUUAAUGCUCUAGGUAAUCCUAUCUCCAAUGCUAUUUCUACUAACAAGGUUUUAAGAUGUCUUAACAGGGAAUAA